UAGUGUGACAGUUUUUUCUUCUUAUGAUGUUGUUGUUCAUGGAUUUGUGUUCUAGAGUUGUUGUGAUUUUGUUUGGUUUGGUUUUUGUGAUGUUGAUGGUUGAGGUGGAUUUAGCAGAAUGUGGUAAAGGCGAUGAUGAUGUUAAGAGUUAUAUUAGUUGGGAAGAUUUGAUGGUUGAUGAACAAAGAUUGGUUUUGAGAAAGAAUAAUGUUUAUAAUCAUAAUGAGAUUAGAGUUAUUAUUGUUGAUCAGAAUGGAAAUGGACAUUCGGAAACUGUUCAAGGCGCUGUUGAUUUGGUUCCUGAUUGGAACAAACAUAGAGUCAAAAUCUACAUUUUUCCAGGAACUUACAGAGAAAGAGUGUUUGUGCCGAUUACGAAGCCUUAUGUAUCGUUUAUUGGUAGAAGAAAUCUAACUGCUGGGCCUGUAAUUACUUGGAACAGCAAAUCAUCGGAUAGAGGCCCAAAUGGUCAGACAUUGGGAACCUACGGAUCAGCGACUGUCGCGGUUGAGUCAGAUUUUUUCUGUGCAACUGGUGUCACUUUUGAGAACACAGUGGUUGCAUCCGCAGGUGAAAAAGGAAUGCAGGCAGUGGCACUGAGAGUAGACAGUGAUAGAGCAAUGUUCUAUAGAGUUAAGAUUAAAGGAACGCAAGACACUCUCUUGGACAACACAGGAACUCACUAUUUCUAUCGGUGUCUCAUCGAAGGAAAAGUUGAUUUCAUCUUUGGCAGUGCAAAAUCACUCUAUAAGAAGUGUAAGCUUCAAUCGGUAGCCGAGAACUAUGGAGCAAUUGCAGCACAUCAUAGGGAUUCACCAUUUCAAGAUACCGGAUUUUCCUUUGUAGGAUGUAGUAUUAAAGGAACGGGAAGUGUGUACCUUGGAAGAGCUUGGGGAGAUUACGCGAGAGUAAUUUACUCUAACUGUCAUAUGGAUGAUAUUAUUAUUCCAGAAGGCUGGUCAGCAUGGGAUCAUCCCGAAAGAGAAAAGACUGCGGUGUUUGGUGAAUAUAUGUGCUAUGGAAAAGGAGCAGACAGAACACAAAGGGUGCCUUGGUCAAAAUCAUUAAGCUAUAAAGAAGCAAAGCCUUUUUUGGACAUUAACUUUAUAAAUGGAAAAGAAUGGCUUAGACUGUAGAGUAACAACACACAUAUCAAGUGACAUAUAUUACUCCAUAAUUUAUAUCC